AUGGAAAUCGAAGCUGAAAAUAUGCGUCAUUUUGGUAUUAAAUCUUAUUUGGACAAUUUCUAUGAUCGAGAAAGUCAUGAUGAUCAACAUAAAGAUCUUUGGCAUCAAUAUUUAAUUUCAUCUCAUCGUCCAAAAUUUUCCAGCCACUGGUGGAAGUUACUUCUUUGGUUCGGUUCAUUUUUGGUUCUCUUUGGGUUUUCUCUACUUCUAAUUGGUUUUUUCCUUCCAAGAAAAAAAAUCAAUGUUGAUACUCAAUUAUCAUCUAGUGAUUCUCAAGUUAUUAUUAUUGAUCGACAAGCAAUUGCUUAUAAUACAAAUUUAGAUAGAAGUCAUUUGUUUGGAAUAUGUUUAGUUGUAACUGGUGGUGCUUUAUUUACUUCAUCACUUAUAAUGCCUACGUUUUGUCAUAUGUGGUGUGCUGCUAGUGGAGAUUCGAAUGAUGAAACAGAUCCACUAAAAUUAAGAAUGGAAGUACCAAGUGAUGAAGUAGUUUUACCUGUACGAAGUAUAUCAAAACCAAUUCAACCAAAUUAUCAUAAAGAUGAAUCGAGAUUAACAAUGGAAGGAAUGGUGCCUUUAUCAUCAUCUUAA